AACCGCUGCUGCCAUCAACGCCACUGCCAUCGUGAGAAUGAGCUGCCGCUGCAUUCUGUGCAAAAGGGACGUAAGCGCCGGCAAACAGCCGACGCACCAGGUUCAUUGGACGCCGAGGAAUGCCGACGAAGAUAUUCAGCGACAACGCCACCAAUUUCGUCGGCGCCGAUCGCAAGCUGCGCGAGCUGAAGGAGGCGUUUCUGGCAAUGGGUCCAGAAUUGAGGAGAUUCGCAGCAGACGAAGGGUGCAGCUUCACCUUUAUACCACCAAGGGCGCCGCACUUCGGCGGAUUAUGGGAAGCCGCGGUGAAGUCCGCCAAACACCAUAUCGUUCGCGUAAUCGGCAACGCGCUACUCACAGCAGAGGAGCUAGCAACACUGUUGGCCGAAGUGGAGGCCAUCCUCAACUCUCGUCCCCUAGUACCCCUGAGUCAAGACCCCAACGACGGCGAGGCGUUAACACCGGCGCAUCUACUGAUAGGAUGCUCCCUGCGAGCAUUACCUCCAGAGAAGGUGCCAGUGGACCCAGUUCGUUGUUGCGAGAGAUGGCAACUUGUUUGCUGUCUCAAGCAACAGUUCUGGCGACAGUGGUCCAAAGUUUACCUGACGGGCCUUCAGGAACGCAACAAGUGGCUGCACCCCAAACGCAACAUGCAGCUCAACGACCUCGUUCUCGUCCACGAGGACAACGUGCCACCGCAGCAGUGGGUACUAGGGCGCGUCGUCGCAACCGCCGAAGGGCAAGACGGCAAGGUGCGAGUCGCAGACGUGGCGACUAAGGCGGGCACAAUUAAGCGUCCUAUCCACAAGCUGGCCUUGCUUCCAAUGGAGGUUGAAGGAAAUUGAUCCUGUCAAGGUGGCCGGUGUUGCGUCAAGCGACAUAUCUACAAAUUUAUACUUAAAAUAAAAAUAAUAAAUGAAUUGUGAAAUAUUGAAUUAUACAAAUUAUAAAAUAUUGAAUUAUUAAAAAUUAAAUUAAGAAAAUCUAUUAUAAAAUACUUAUCUUAAUAAUGCAUUCAUAAUGUCAAUCUACUACUUACCUUAAUACUUACCAUAAUCUUUUACAAUAUUUAACGAAAGUUGAAGAGUUAU